UAAUAUAAAAUAUUAUGGACUUUUAUUAAAUAGCUGCUAGAAAUUAGUUAAAUUCUGAUUCUGCUGAAUAUGACAUCAUUAAUAUAGAAUAUGCUGGAAAAGAUUGUCCUUAAUUUGUAUUAGACAUAAAUGAAGAAGAGAAUAAUGAGAAUCUUACUAAUUUGCCAAAAGAAUAUUUAGAUAAUUAUUAACAUCAUCAAGAAAAUUUUAUUUAUUAUAAAGUUGAGAUGAAUGACUCAAUAUAUGGUUUAGAGCUUAAAUUUGAAAUAAGGUAUCUCAUUGUUCAAAUUCAUUAGUGCAAUCUAAAUCUUAAGAUUAAACAAUAUUUCUGAAAAUUCUCUAUAUCCAGGUAUGAUUUUAAAGAUACCCUUAAAGUAAGAAUUAGAUAAUUCUAAAGAACUGAAUUUAAAAAAAGUUGAUAACUUUUAUUAUUCUGCCCUUUACAUUACCUAAAUUGGAGCUAUAUAAGGCUAAUUUGUAAUAACACCAUCCUUUGUAGCAUUCGAACCUGAAAAAAAAUGUUAGUAGAAUUAUGAAAUACUACGGAAUGCCUAAAUCAGAGAUAUAGACAAUUUAUAUCUUUAAAUUCUAUUGAAACAUAUAGUUUUUGUAGAAUAAUAAGAAUUAUCAUAAUUAUUUCAGAAUAAAAUACCUCUAAAUAAUACUAAUGUUAUAACAAUAAUUACAUAAACAAUGAAAUAGAAGAUUAUUGCAUUAAAAUUAAAUGAAGAAAAUAGAAUUGAUGAUUUCUUAAAUUAGAUUAAUUAGAAAUUAGAGGAUUAUUACAAAAAUACAAGAAAGGAAAGUUAUAAUAUUAAUAUUAAUUCAGAAAUAUAUGAUUAAAAGACGAUAAUACCAUAUCAUUUUGAAAUUGAAGGGUAAAUUUAAAAUUUUGAGUAACCAAAAUGUAAUUUAGUAAAUUAUAAUUAGAGGUUGUAUGUCGUGAUUCUUAAUUAACUUAACUUGAAUCUAAUUCAGAAAUUGUGACAAGAGAUAAAUUUAUUAGUAUUUCAACUCAUUUACCUUCUCUAUAUAAAGGUCAGAAAUGGUAAUGUAUUUAUUCAUCCAUAUAACAUGGAUCAUCAAUUAAAACUCUAAUGAGAAAAUCUGAAAAUUAAUUACCAUCAAUUCUUUUAAUAAAAGAUUUAGAUUAAUAUUUAUUUGGAGCUUAUAUAUCUGAUGGUAUUAAAAAUAGUUGUGGAAAAUUUUAUGGAAAUGGUGAAUCGUUUCUAUUCACAUUUAAAAAUAGUUCUGAUAUAACAGUUUAUAAAUGGACUCAAAUUAAUAAUUAUAUUACAUUAUGUGAUGUAGAUGGAUUAGCUGUUGGUUGUGGAGAUAAAUAUGGUUUAUUUAUAAAUUCUGAUAUAUCUAAUGGAUAUAGUUGUCAUUGUGAAACAUUUAAUAAUGAAAUACUGUCAAAAUAUAACAAAUUUAUUAUAGAGAGAUUAGAAAUUUGGAGCAUAAGUUAUAAUUGA